GUGCAGAAUGAGAGGGAAAAUCGCAUCAAGAUAUCAUCGAUCCUGCAGCCUCCUUGGUUUGGUCGGAACAAUAUGGCCGUUUCCUAUGCGAUUACGCAAACGCCAACAUGUCGGAACGCGAAGGCAUAUCGAGACACAUGGUUGGCCAAACAGAACAUAAGGGUGUAUGCGAGGGUUAUUUUGACCAUUUAGUUCAGGUAGGACGGUGCAUGACCUGAAGCAUAUCUCCGCAUCUGGGGACAUAUUAUUCCUCAUGUAGUCAGAGGGAAAGUCUAGAUCCGCGUUCGUGAACCCCGUCCCUUAUAACUAAACCGUAAGAGGUUGUGAAGCAGCUAGAAAAAAGGCGAACUUGGAAAUUGGUGGAAAACCCUUUACCAUUUUGACAGCCGCCGUUGGAGGCGACACAUAUCGAUUAUACAAUGGCACGCGCUGACGACGUGGAUCUGGAUGCGACGCAUACGGAUUUGCGGGAGCAGGAGCUUUCACUGCCGACAAUUUUGGGUCGCAUGCCAGCAAGAACACGCCCAGCACAACGCGAGGAUGUGUUGCCUAAAAGGACACGCAGACAUGAACGAUUUCAAGCACCCGAGCAAUUGGGCAUAAGUUACUUCGCAUCGGGCCUUCAAGCCUGUUUCUCUGUUGUUGCCUGGGGAGUAUUCUUUUUUGUUUUGGCCCAUAUUUCGAGGACCUGUCGUGUUGGAAAGUUGAUUCUCAUCUGGUUACCCACUGGCGCACUCGCAUCCGCCAUGAUGAGAACGGACACGGCGGUACGAUACGUGUUAGCGUUAUUUUACGUGCUCAUAGUGAUGGGAUCCAUGGCUAUGGAAUUUCCUAUCGCUACAGCAGGCGUUGUUGCAGUCUCUUCUGGUGUUGUCGGGGUGCUUAUAUCAACAGUGAUGCGAUGGGCGGUCCCAAACGUAUCAAAAGGGCUGGAGACUUUGCGGGGAAUUGUGAUUUUCUCAUGUCUCAUUCCGGUAUCAGCUCUGUUGGAAACUUGCUGCUUUGCAUUAGGGAUGUCGUCUCUGCAAUUGUUAGCUGGAGUUUCUUACAAGCAGCUCGUUUUCAACAUGUUCCCGCCGGUUAUGUUGGGUUUGCUAGUAACCUGCCCGUUUUUGACGACCAUGGAUAAGAGGAAGGCGAUUCAUGUUGUGUGGUUUUGGAAGCAAGGCUAUAUGUACGAGGCUCUAUGGUUUACUCUUUCGAUUGGCCUGGCAGUCGGCUUACCCUUCACAUUCGCCUCGGUUCCCAAUAACAAUUUUGGACCAGUGUUCUUCUACAUGUUUCCACUGUCGAUGGCCGUGGCUUUAACGACCGGCAUGUCUGGUCUGUGUGUUUACGCGGCAGUGGCCAUUACCUCUGUGCUAUCAGCGAAUAUUGUACUAGUACAACCUUCCGCUCCUGUGGAUACCGACUACACCUCCUUUCGCACUGAGAUGUUGCAGCGAUUACAAUACUGGGUCUGUGUGAUGAUGACCGCUGGUCUAAUGCUAGCCGCUGCUGUCGCCGAAAGAAAUGCUCUUUUAGCGAUUCUAGAACGUAAAGAACGGGAACGGGAGCGGAAUAAUCGUGACGAAUCUCUUAAGCGACCUAGUGCUGCUUUGGCAGCCUCUGAAUCUAGCAUGGUGCUCGGGUUUGUGUGCAAUGAGCUACGUAAGCCAAUAGAGGACAUUGUGCGGAUGACGGAACCCAUGGCCCUCGUGGGAGAGGAUGCUUUUGCGGCUGCUUCUGUCUCGUUAUGCGGUCGCGCCAUCAAAAGGUUGGGAGAGCACAUUCUUCAGUUACUAACAGAUGCCUACGACUUUGCGCGGAUUGGCAAUGGACUGGUGACACCCAAAGUGUCUGUAGUGAAUCUGCCGGAGUUGCUGGAGCAGAUUACGACUGCCGUACGUGCUCAAUAUGGAAACCGGAAGAUCCAGUUGGAAGUUCGACUUGCGCCUGGCUUACCCCAAUACGUAUUGGUUGAUGAAAGUUGCUUGAGACGGGUAUUACAAGUUCUUUGUGCCAAUGCUUGCAAGCAUGUUUCGCGACGCAGCCGCAUCAUCUUUGAUGCCGUUCUGUCAACAAAAUACUCCCGCGGCGGAGAAAAGAGAGAUACUGUUGACGUUGAUAUGUCCAUUACAGUAACGGACUGGGUAUUAGAGCACCCCCAAGCCGACAUUUUGCUCCGUCCUUAUGCUCACCUCUCGGCCACGACAACCGCAACGGCGGAUCUGUCACUCGCGGUUGCCAGCGGCUUUGCGCGCUGCAUGGGUGGAAGGGUCGUCGUGUUUGGCCAGCAUGGUCGAGGAACGGUCUUCUCGUGUAAAUUUCCCCUUCGGGUUUUGGAACGGCCGCCCAGUUUGGGCGAAAUGGAAAUGGGUGACUUGGGGGUAUCAGAAACUUCUUCGAUAGCAUCCACUCCCCCAGCCUCAUUACCCACGACGUUAGAACGUCCAAGUCGACCACCGUUGCUGCGUCAACUUACCGGUGCAGCUGGCAAUGCUGCUGGGGCCCUACUUACCAAAGAUAUUUCCCGCCGGCUGUCUUUGGGGACUUUGAGAAGAAGGUCAAGAGAUUACGCUGCCGUUUCUGGUAAUGAAGCAACUAUGACUGUAGAACACACAACGGAGGACUACCCUCCAGAUACCCCUCCCGAAACCCACAUCGGCGAAAUUGAGCCUGUGGAGUCUGGGCCAUCAGAUUUUAAAGAUUCCAAGAAGCUUGUUCUCGUUGUAGACGACUCGAGCAUCAGCCGUGCGAUAUUGGUGCGUAUGCUGCAGAGGUAUCCGCAAUUAGAUGUGCACGAAGCGGCAAAUGGUUCGCGGGCGCUGCAACUCUGCCUUGCACAGACGUUUUCAAUCAUUUUCAUGGAUAUGGAGAUGCCGGAAAUGACUGGACCUGCGGUAGCUCUGCGUCUCCGCCACGAAGGCCUCACCGCACCCAUUAUCCUUACAACGGCCAAUACGUUAGGCCAAGAUCAACUUCGUCAAUCUGGAAUUAACGAACUGCUCGUUAAGCCCAUUACCAAAGAGAAUAUCAAAAAUGUGCUGAGCAAGUACGGUGUCAUUGAAGAACUCGAGCCGACGUAUCCACCCGAGACACCACUCAGUUCGGCCCCAACCACUAUGGAGCGGUCCGAGACAGCUGAUCUCCUUCCCAAGCACCCAAAAGAUGGCAUAACGGGCUACGAAUCUCCGAAAUCAACACCAUCAUCUUCUCUUAGCCGCCCUUCCAGCCUGUUCCGCCCGCAACACCUACUGGUGGGGAACGCCGCGAUAUUGGUGGUGGAUGAUAACCCUAUCGGCAGAGCGCUAUUGAAAAAAGCGCUGACCCAGAUCUUGCCAGGACGGGACAUUGUCGAGGCGGCGGACGGAUCUGAGGCGGUGGCUAGAUGUGCAGCUGGUGAGAAAUUUGCCAUCAUCUAUAUGGAUUUAGAAAUGCCGCAUAUGGAUGGAGAUAUUGCUGCCACUCGCAUUCGCAAUAUGCGCGUAGCGUCUGGCGGUCCCCCCAUCGUGGCCGUCACAGGGCAUGGUCUCGACUCAGAGGCCUACCAUAGCCUCCGCGCUGCAGGGAUAAACGAAGCCAUCAGCAAGCCCGUCGCGCGGGAAGUCCUUGUUGAUACUCUGCGCCGGUAUGGCAUCCUUGGUAUAUCCCCCAGCCCCUCAGGAACAACGUCCCCGGAAUUUGAGCGCAAAGAUGCGGGAUUCGCUCCAGUACGGAUGGGUUCUUCCGUCUCUGAAUCUGUGGUGCGGAGCGCUCCUGGGUCAUCGCGGUUAAUGACACCGGAUUUAGGAGCUGCCGUGCGUGCAUUGAGGGACAGAGAACGCCUAUCACCCCUGUCCAGGUCCAGAAGUCCAUCUCCUGAAAGAAAGCAGCCUCAUCGAGGCGAAUCUGCGGAAGCAGGCAGAAGAUCGACCAUUUCCUCCGGAUCUUCUCCUACAUUCAAAUUAAAGGGUCGAUCAGGCGGUACGUCGCCCGAUACCGCAUCCCCUCCCGAGCAUGCUGCAAAUUCACCUGGGGAUCUCCGGCGAAUCCUCCUGCGCGGCGGAUCACCCGUCGAGAUCCCUCGUCGUCGAUUGGCUUCGGCUCCGGAUGUCGGGCUGAGUAGGAACUCUGGGGUGGAAUGAGCGGUAUUGAUAGAGCACAGCUCUCAAAUGUAUACAUUAUUGUUCGUUUGUUUAUUGUGACGUGAUAUGUUGUGACUGCGACUGCUUUAUUUGAUGCAUGUCUUAUUUUAAUCACCAUUUCUCCGCUGAAUCUGCAUAAAUAUCAUCCAAGAAGAAUUAGGAACGUACACACAUGCUAAUAUGAUAAACAAUUAACAAUAGCGCAC